AUGUCCUCGGUCAAACCCUCGUCCAGCUCGGCUCCAUAUACGGUCUGGAGCAUCGUGUGGACAUUCCUGCUCGGCCUGUUCUUGACAGCCAUCUUCUUUCGCUCUCUGCUACCGCGUCUUCCGCAGAUCCUCUUUCGCGGAAGGCUUCGUAUCAGAAGAGUCGGCGUUCGCGGCAUCCGCGGCAUCGAGUACCGAUCCAAGGGGUUUCACAACAACUCGGCCGCCUUCUCCAGACACGAGGAUCAGGUCCAGAUCAAAGUUCAGAGGGUCUAUGCCUCUUUCCACCUUCCCUACUUUCUGAGGUCGACGAAAAAAUGCCCAGGCGUAGUGGCGCGUACCAGCGGCGCUAUUGUCACCGUCCACGUUCAAGGCGUGGGCGUGUGUCUGCCUCGAUCUCAGCAGCAUGCUCGUCAAUCCACCAAGACGUCCCAGACACCAUCUUCCAUCGCAGCUGGCGAUGUGCACGAUCCAAUCGAGCAUAUAACCCCCGAGCAGCAGGAGGAAGCUCGGCUUCAACAACUCAUGAGCAGCCCGCCUAUGUCCCCCACGCUCCAAAGUGAGCGCCCCCUUGCGUCCUCCUUCUUAUCUGCCCCAUCUAAUUCGGACAGUCGGGAUCGCGUCCAGCGUGUUCAGACUCCGGAUCCACCCCAGGGCUCUUCCCUCUAUCUAACGUGUCAGCGAGCCGGUCUCAUGUCGAUCCACUCGGUUCUGCGCCUGGCAUCCUGGGUCCGGUCUGCUGCGCUCCCCGCCAUGCGAAGCAUCGUGCUCCGUGCUUUUCGAGCUGCGCUCUUCAUCCUCACCUCUGGUAUCCCCGUCCUCACAUCCCUAAUCUCGAUCGAAGUCGAUCACAUCGAGGUCUACAUCCAGGAAGCAGAAGCUGUAGCUCGCAUCGGUCGCGCUGGCCUCACUUUCUCCAUGUCACCCGGCUCGCGCCCUUCCCACCCUGGCGCAUCGAAUGCGCAAGAAGAUCCAGAGGUUGCGCACCGCGCUUCUUCUUACUUUCAGACACUAUCUUGGUCGAACUUCUCCGACACCAUGCGCAGCAUGCCCACCAAGGUUGGCUCAGGCGCACGAGAUGUUGCAACCUACCUCGUCGCCGGGAUAUCACCCAGCUUCAUUUCAGCACAUUUGCGUAUCGACAGCAUCGACCUUUUCGAAGCCAGUUUCAGCCCCGACGCGAUACGCAGUUCCUCUUCCAUCCCCAAAUCGCAGCAAUACGGCGCUUCUCCUUCCUCGAGACCCACAACACCGCUCUCUUCGCAGGCUUUUGCAGGCCAAGGCGUCCUCUCACCAACCCAUUCAGAGAAGGAACUCGGUGUCGCAGCAUCAAGCCACGACGACAGCUUCGAAUGGUCCUCGCAUCCCGCUCGGCCCAACCAGGCACGCAGCGCCAGCGAAUCUGUCUCGCGCAAGUUACCUUCAGCCUCGCUACGAGGCUUUGCCCACCUCUGGGCAGAUUGGGCUCUGGAGCCCCUGGUCGACUCCAACUUCCAAGCCGAUUCCGGCUGGACCCGUCAGCAUCUCGACGAAGGCGUCUCGCAUCAACAGCUUCAGGCCAUCCCGGCUGCAGCUAGGAUCGCAUCCAUCUCGGGUCUCACCGAACUUACAGCAAGCUUGCUUGUUGGCUCCGACCUUGCGCUAGGAGAGGACUGCACCUUGGCUGCUCGACUUGUGCUUGGCAACCUUUCCCUAGGUUUGGAUGCAGCACAUCGCGUCAUGUGCAUCAUCGAAGAGCGCAAAGCACGAAGAUCUGGAUGGGCCCCCAAGCACAAAGAUGGCCCCAACGAACAACGGUCUGUCCUUUCCAAACACCUCGUUCAACAGCGACCCUCGGCUGCCACCAAGGCCUUGCGCAUGGUCUCGUCAGCCGCACUCUCUCUGCCCUCUGUACGCAUCACCGCCUCCUCCGACGCUCUUCUGUCGUCGAUCUCGGACUGCGCAGACGACACGAAUGACGAAGCUGACACAGAUGCCUGGCUGCCUUCACGGGAGUUUGGCAUUUCGCUUGCUGGGUUCAAUCUGGAGCUUAAGGACAGCGAACAAAGCGACGAUGGGCAUCGUCGGUGGCUUGGCACAUGCGGCCUGCCCUUGCAGAAGGACAAAGGCGCUCGAGGUCAGAAGAAGGCGAAAGACAGCAAGUCGCCCCGCUGGAAGUUCCGCAGGUCGUCUCUGCCACAUGAAGCUAAUGCUAUAGAGCACCGUCGGAUCUUCCUGACGGAGCUUAGUCUAGCCAGCUUGGACGUUCGUUGUGCUGCCCGCGAGCGCAGCCACAGCUCUCGGUUGCUGUCCGUAGGAGACCUUUCCGUCGUCGCGAGGUCUUCUUGGACACCGUUUGGUCUCUUUGCUGCCUCUCCCGAAGUAUCUCGUCUCCUUCUCGAGGGUGACCCAAACGAGCAUGCCGCUGUCCUCGAGGCUACCAUCGGUGGGAUCGAGACCGACAUGUCUCUGAAUGACAUCACCGCCAUCAUCCCCAUCGCAGACGAGUUCGGCCGCAGAAGGCGAAACAAGCGCGUGCAAGUGGGUAUUCAAGAGCCAGCCCGCCCCAAAACAGAUCUUGAGCGUCUUCGACGGGUUCCCAGGCUGGCAGGUGGUUUUCACAUCGAGCGUAUCUCGCUCUUGCUGGAUGCCAGCCGUGACAAGCAGACAGAAGGCUUAGAGAUUCCGCCCUCAGACUCACAGCAAGGCUCAGAAGGUCAAAGCUCCAGGAAGUUCACUUUGACCGUGCCAAACGUCGACUUUGUUUUCUUGGGCGAAUACAAGGACGAAUAUGUCAAGCGACCUGCAGCCGAAAAGCGAGCUGCUUACAAGGCACUCAAGGCCGACAGCCUUGAAUGGCCAAUCAGCGGUGCUGCUAGACUGGAAGCUGCCAAAUUCAAUCACGGGCCUCGUCAGAGUAGAGACUGGAAUCGACAAAGCGAUAAAGUUGCAGAUCAAGCCGAUGUUUCAUCUUUGCCUGCAACAUCACGAGCGUCAAGUUAUCCAGCUGAACGGUUCGAAGAGACUGGUCUCACGAUGGAGGAGACGGUGAAGCGCAUGCACGAGAUCCAAAAGCGAAUGGAUUGCGCUCAAGACAAAACGCCAGGAACAACGCGCCGUUCCUCGCUUCGCGACACUAUGGCAAAAACUGGAAAAGUGCGGACCCCAGGGUACAGUCAGAGAUCUAUCUUGGCAGCCGAAACAUGCUUCAGCCUUCGAUACCAAUUCGAGACGUCAUUGCGCAUUGACGCUAUCGAGUCAUUCCUAACUUUGAGCAAUGGUCCACGACGAUGUUCGACUUCAUUUGCUCGACCGCCGAAGGAUCGAACUGCCCCAGCGACCGAACCUACGCAAUAUCACCUCCUCGCUCUCCAUAGCGUCGAGCUGCUCGGUUCUGGUCGCAUUCCUGGACGCGUCGAGCCUCGAGCUUCUCCUCUCCACCCCGACACCCCCACCUUGUCUGCGUCAGAUACCAUCGCCGAGUUCAGAGCCAACAUCGAGGACGUAGACAUUGAAGCGUGGCAGAUGCCUGCGCUCGAGACCUAUGCCGACAUUGGUGCUAUCAUUAUUCAAUCGACGACGGCCCGCAAACAUGCACACAAGAGAAACGAGACGAAUGGUCGCAACGGUGAUGUUGCCGCAGAUGACGCCGAAGCUGUUCACGACCUUUCAGUGAGCGAUGAUGUGGCCAAGUCACUGGUUGAGCGUCUACCUGGCGGACUGUCAGUCUACCUCUCUAUCGGCCGCACGAUCGCUCACCUUGGCGGCACUGAUCGUCGCAUUCAAGACAAGAUAGCCCGUGGCGUUGGAUUUGAAGCGAAACGCAUCGUCGUAGAGUACGCAGGUGUCACAGAGACCAAGACCAAUGCGCUGCCUGCAAAGACGAAUUGGGGCUCGCGCACCGCUUUGGAGCUGUCCGAAGAUUUGCAACUGCAAGCACUCUCGCUCGCGGGUCGACAUGCACACUGA